AUGAAGCAAAGAAUCAGUGCGCUAGAUUUACUGCUGUUGGCUAGAGAGCUGAAACAAGAUUUGGAAGGCUACAGAUUGAGCAAUAUAUAUAACAUUGCCGAUUCCUCAAAGCAAUUUUUACUAAAAUUCAAUAAACCAGAUUCUAAACUCAACGUAGUUGUCGACUGUGGCUUAAGAAUAUACUUAACCGAAUUUAGUAGACCAAUCCCUCCAACUCCUUCAGGCUUUGUUGUCAAACUAAGAAAACAUCUGAAAGCUAAACGGCUAACAGCUUUAAAGCAGGUAGACCAAGAUAGAAUUCUUGUUCUACAAUUUGCUGAUGGCCACUUCUAUUUAGUACUUGAAUUUUUUAGUGCAGGGAAUGUUAUCCUUCUAGAUGAAAACAGAAGAAUCAUGUCCUUGCAAAGGGUUGUGGUAGAGCAUGAAAAUAAGGUUGGCCAAAUUUAUGAAAUGUUUGAUGAAUCACUUUUCACCGCAGAUAACGAGUCUACUAAUGAAUCCAUAGAAAACAGAAAAGCAAAAUACACCUCUGAUCUUGUCAGUGAGUGGAUAAAAGUAGCGCAAACCAAGUAUGAAUCAGACAUUACAGUUAUUAAGCAACUCAACAUCCAAAAGAAAGAAGAUUCUAAAAAAAAGAAAGUGAAAGUUCCUUCUAUCCAUAAACUGCUGCUUUCAAAAGUUCCUCAUUUGUCUUCGGAUCUGCUAUCGAAGAACCUUAAAGUAUUCAAUAUCAAUCCCUCGGAGUCUUGUUUAACUCUUCUAGAGAAGACAAACACACUUGCGGAAUUGUUAAACAGUACUCAAUUUGAAUAUAAUGAACUCUUAACUACCUCGGAUAGAAAGGGUUACAUUUUGGCCAAAAGAAAUGAAAACUUCAACUCUGAGAAAGAUACUGCCGAUUUAGAAUUCAUUUAUGAUACAUUCCAUCCCUUCAAGCCAUAUAUCAACGGAGAAGACAGUGACUCUUCCAACAUCAUUGAAGUUGAAGGUCGUUACAAUAAGACGCUAGACAAAUUUUUUUCAACAAUAGAAUCUUCCAAGUAUGCCCUACGUAUACAAAGUCAGGAAUCGCAAGCGCAAAAGAAAAUCGAUGAUGCUCGUGCCGAAAAUGAUAGGAAAAUACAAGCUUUAUUAAACGUCCAAGAACUAAACGAAAGGAAAGGUCAUCUCAUAAUUGAAAAUGCACCUUUAAUCGAAGAAGUUAAGCUUGCUGUUCAGGGCCUAAUCGACCAACAAAUGGACUGGAACACUAUUGAGAAACUAAUCAAAAGUGAACAAAAAAGAGGUAACAAGAUUGCCCAGCUUUUGAACUUGCCUUUGAACUUAAAAGAAAACAAGAUCAGUGUCAAGCUUGAUGUUUCUAGCAACAAGGAAGGUAACCCCUCCUCGGACGAGGAUAAUGAAUCAGAGGGUAGUACUAGCGAAAGUUCUAGCGACUCAGAUUCAGAAGACAUAGGAAAUUCGAAAGAGAGAAGUACAAGAAAUAUGAAAAGAAAACCUAAUGACAUGAUAAAUGUUACAAUCGACCUUAGUUUAUCAGCUUACGCCAAUGCCUCUGAGUAUUUCAAUAUCAAGAAAACAAGUGCUGAGAAGCAGAAAAAAGUCGAAAAGAAUGUCGGCAAGGCUAUGAAGAAUAUUGAAGUCAAAAUUGAUCAACAACUAAAAAGAAAGCUUAAGGACUCUCAUAGUGUUUUGAAGAAGAUCCGUACUCCUUACUUUUUUGAAAAAUAUAAUUGGUUUAUUUCAAGCGAGGGAUUUUUGGUCAUGAUGGGUAAAAGUCCGGCUGAGACAGAUCAAAUCUACUCAAAAUAUAUCGAAGAUGAUGAUAUUUAUAUGUCGAAUAAUUUUAACACCCAUGUUUGGAUCAAGAAUCCAGAAAGAACAGAAGUUCCUCCGAACACGUUAAUGCAAGCAGGUAUACUUUGUAUGUCCUCAAGCGAAGCUUGGUCGAAGAAGAUAGCUUCUUCUCCAUGGUGGUGCUUUGCAAAGAAUGUUAGUAAAUUUGAUGGCUCUGAUAAUUCCAUUUUGCCAGAAGGCGCCUUUCGACUAAAGAAUGAGAAAGAUCAAAACCUUUUACCGCCUGCUCAACUAGUAAUGGGUUUCGGAUUCCUAUGGAAGGUGAAAUCUGGUGAAAAGGAUGAGGAUGACGAAGAGAGUGAUGAGAAUGAAGAAGAAGAAGAGCAACAACAAGACGACGACAGUGAUGAUGAGAUUAAUGGAUCGUUAGAAAACGAUGGAAGUUCGGAUGAUAAUACGAAAAGCAAUGAUUCUGAAUACGAUAACCUUGAAAGAGAGGCCGAAAGAGAAAGCACCGUAUCAUCUGAUAUAGAUUCGGAUUCGGAAAAUGCUAAAGGUAACAACAGCAAUAGCAGUACGCAGAGUAUACCUGAGGAACAAGACGUUCCCGUAUCUUUGGUUGAUAGCAUGAACAGUAAUGUUCGUGGUAAAAGAGGAAAAUUGAAGAAAAUUCAAAAAAAAUACGCUGACCAGGACGAAACUGAACGUCUCUUGCGUUUGGAGGCCUUGGGCACUUUAAAGGGUAUCGAAAAGCAGCAGCAAAAGAAGAAGGAAGAAAUAAUGAAACUUGAACUUAGAGAAGAUAAAAAGAAUAAACGCGAGAAACAAAGGAGAUUACAGGCUUUGAAAUUCACCAACAAAGAGAAAGCAAAGGUCGACUAUGAUAAGCACAAGGCCGAAUUGAAGGCAUCUCUCGAUAAAGAUGAUGUGGUUGUUGAUAUUAUACCAGUAUUUGCUCCUUGGCCUGCGCUUUUGAAAUAUAAAUACAAAGUCAAAAUCCAACCAGGAAGCGCAAAGAAAACCAAGACUUUAACUGAAAUUUUACAUUAUUUCAAAAAUAGACCAGUGGAUAGUUCCUCGACCGACAAGGAGAUGGAUUGGCCACAAGAACAUGAAAUGGUUAAAAGCUUGAAGGAACAAGAUCUGGUUCUUCUACUCUGUGUCGACAAGUUAAAAAUAACAAUCGCUGGGCAAAAAUCCACCAAGAACGGCGGCAGUUCUUCGAAGAAGGGCAAAAAGAACACUAAGUCAUCUGGCAUGAAAAGAAAAUAA